UGGCACCGUCAAACUCAAAUUCUCUCCGAUUUUCCGCCGGAACCAUCGCCGUCAACUGUCGUUACCGAUGUUGUCGUCUUCUUCAGCGAACAACGCCGAGGCUCUUAGGCGCAACCGCAUCCUCUCAAGCAAGCUCUACUUCGAUGUCUCUCCGUCUAAGGUUCCGCUUAUCUACUCCGAGUCUUACGACAUAGCCUUUCUCGGCAUAGAGAAACUGCAUCCGUUUGAUUCAUCUAAAUGGGGACGCAUUUGCCGAUUCCUCGUCUCCCUUGGUAUUCUUGAUAAAAAAUGCAUCGUUGAGCCUCUUGAAGCUUCCAAGGAUGAUCUUCUAGUGGUACACUCAGAAUCAUACUUGAAUAACCUGAAGGACAGUUCAAAAGUUUCUAUGAUAGUUGAGGUUCCUCCUGUGGCAUUAAUUCCCAACUGUCUUGUACAACAAAAAGUUCUUUUCCCAUUCAGGAAGCAGGUUGGAGGAACUAUAUUGGCUGCAAAACUUGCAAAGGAGAGAGGAUGGGCCAUUAAUGUGGGAGGAGGUUUUCAUCACUGCUCUGCAGAGAGAGGAGGCGGAUUCUGUGCUUAUGCAGAUAUUUCUCUAUGCAUCCACUUUGCUUUUGUUCGGUUGAAUAUAUCAAGGGUGAUGAUCAUUGAUCUUGAUGCACAUCAAGGAAAUGGUCAUGAAAUGGACUUUGCCCAUGACAGCCGAGUCUAUAUCCUUGACAUGUACAACCCUGGAAUAUAUCCUUUAGAUUAUGAGGCGAGAGACUACAUUAAUCAGAAAGUUGAAGUGAAGAGUGGGACACUCACAGAAGAGUACCUGCAAAAAUUAGAUGAAGCACUCCAGGUUGCUGGGCGUAGGUUUAACCCUGAGUUGGUAAUUUAUAAUGCUGGAACUGACAUCUUAGAAGGUGAUCCAUUAGGAAGGUUGAAGGUGAGUCCUGACGGAGUUGCCCUUAGAGAUGAAAAAGUUUUUCAGUUUGCUCGAGAUAAGAACAUUCCUAUCAUCAUGCUCACUUCAGGUGGUUACAUGAAGUCCAGUGCUAGAGUCAUUGCAGACUCAAUAGUCAAUCUUUCAAAGAAAUGCUUAAUAGAAACAAGCGCAGAUCAAAAGACUACGUAAAUUGCUCUUGCUCUUCCGUGAAAUGGUCCAUUAUCCGUUAUAAGAGUUUACACUUUGCAGACCUUGAAGUAUCUAGUUAGAAAGUUUACAUGUUAGUGGAAACUUUAAUGUAUACUCUCUCUCUCUCUCUCUCUCUCUCUAUAUAUAUAUAUAUAUAUAUGAGUUGUAACAUGUCUGUAAAUGCAAGUAUAUUAUAUAGGUAAAUAAGUUGUAAAUUAUGUAUUUGCACGUGUAACUUCAAUAGGGGUGACAACGUGGACUAAGAUAUCUGUGCGUAUUCUAUCUACUUCAUCACCUGUGUGAGAUGUGUUCAACAAUAUUGUGCAUUGAAUUCAGUAAAACAUUUGAGUGGCAGUUUAAUACGGUUGGU